CCAGAGCUGCAGCAAUCUGCAGAUCUCUGAAGAUGGAAGUUGAUGACGGAGCAGAGCUCUGCUUUCCACAACUCCUCAACACCUCCUGCAGGAAGCCCACAUCUCCUUGGUCCGAAGCUGUGCUCCUUCACAUUGUGCUGUCCUCCAUCUCUCUGCUCACUGUGGCUCUCAACCUGCUCGUCAUCAUCUCAGUCUCCCACUUCAGGCAGCUCCACACACCCACCAACAUCCUCCUCCUCUCUCUGGCUGUCUCAGACUUUCUCGUGGGCCUCCUGCUGAUGCCGGGAGAAAUCCUCCGAAAAACAGCCUGCUGGUUUCUUGGUGACCUUGUGUGUUGUGGGUAUAAAUUUAUGUCCUGCAUCAUUCCCAUUGUCUCAGUAGGAGACAUGGUGCUCAUUUCAGUCGACAGACAUGUUGCUAUUUGUGACCCUCUGCGUUACCCCACAAGAAUCACUGGCAGAAGAGUCAAACUCUGUGUUUGUCUGUGUUGGCUCUUUUCUGUUUUCUACAGCAGUGUCUUUCUAAAGGAUGACCUGACUCAACCAGACAGGUAUAAUUCCUGCUAUGGAGAGUGUGUGAUUGACGUUGACUAUGUUGCAGGAGCUGUUGACAUUGUUUUGACCUUUCUUAUUCCCAUUACUGUCAUCAUAGUUCUGUAUAUGAGAGUAUUUGCUGUGGCUGUGUCUCAGGCUCGUGCCAUGCGCUCUCACAUUACAGCUGUCACACUCCAGCGUUCAGUGACUCCGAAGGCAAAGAAAUCUGAGCUGAAAGCAGCCAGGACUCUUGGUGUUCUUGUAUUUGUGUUUCUAAUAUGUUUCUGCCCAUAUCAUUGUGUGUCUCUUGCAAGGGACAGCUUAAUCAGUACUUCUUCUGUGUCCUUCAUGAUCUAUCUGUUGUAUUUUAACUCUUGUCUAAACCCUGUGAUCUAUGCUUUGUUCUACCCCUGGUUUAGAAAAGCAGUUAAACUCAUUGUUACUCUUCAGAUACUGCGGCCUGGCUCCUGUGAGGCCAACAUACUGUAGAGAGGCUGUGGCGUGACUGAGAUGAGAUCUGCUCUACAAAUGUUUUCACUGAAUUCAAAAUUCAAAAAGUCUUCUCUCUGUAUACAGCAUAUUAACAGUAUGUGUGAAAUGUGUCGCUCUAUUCAUUGUCAAUUUUAUGUAAGGAUUAAAAUUAAUUGUAUUUUUAGGAAAAAUAAUAAUUAUGAGAAAAUGGCUAGCAGAAAAAUUAGAAGUUUUACUAGUUGAUAGAAACUGAAAACUAAACAAUGGGAUUAUAUUUUCUAUACCCUAUCCUUAUGUCCCACAAAUGUGACAGGGGAAGUUGGUCAAGCAUGUAGGAGAAGAAAAUGGAAAAUAAUGCGUGUACAAAAUGACUGUUGUUGAAACCAUGUGAAUUUUCAAUCUGUUUAACAAUUAUCAAUACUUUGUGCUACAGACACAUUUUGUUUUUUAUUUAAAUUGUUACUUACACAUCUGUAAUCUCAAAUGAAUCAAUCACAACCUUUUGGAUAUUAUAUUUUGUCAUUUAUUCUGAAUUGCAAAAUUCUCAAUUGACCCUAACAAAUGAAAACAGUGACAAAGGUAAUUAUGAUAAUACGAGCAAAGAAAUCUGCAAUCAAGAAAAGGAGGGAGAGAGAAGAGAGAAUAUGCAGCAGCAUGAUGGUCUCAAUGUGGAAGACGUUUUUCUAGCAGUGUUACAAGAUACUACUCUAAUACUCUAAUUCAAGUAAAUGUCCUGUAUUCAAAGUUUUACUUUAAAUUACAGAAGUGUUGUAUAAAUUAAGAAAAUUGAAUGCAGAAUGAUGCCUUUUAGUGACAGCUUUAUGCAAAUGUGGUUUUAAAAAUUAUUUGGUUGGCUCUGUGUAAAUACAUUAUCCAUAUAUGCAGACACAUCCAGGUCAAGUUUUUUUCCUAUUAACAGGAAUCAUGAUAUCUAAUGUGCUGUAGCCCAAAAUGUAUAUGUUUACAUAUAUGUGGGGCUAAAAGUAUAGACAACUUCCUACACCUUUAAUUGUACUAACUGUACAGGCUGACUGUAGAAUAUUUUAUGUCUUUUUAUGCAUUGGGAAGGAUUAUUCAAUGUACAGUCUGCAUGCUUGAAUUGUCAGUUAUUCAUGAAAUACUCCUGACUUUCCAGAA